CUGACAACUGACUCCUGCUCUGUUGUUCAGUACAAAUUGAAGGAACCCAAACCGAGAAUAAAUUACACAAAGAUAAUAAAUAAUUUGAUCCAUAAUACUCCAACCAGCUCCGAUAUAAAGCGUUAUUUAUAACAGUUUAAUGCUGGAGAACCUCAGACAUACAGAGGCUUGUUUUCUAGUAAACCAUGCUAGCAUUGCUAGCUAACUAGCCAGCGUCUCGUCGCCUCCUCCUCAUCUUCAUGGGUUCCUGCUGCUGAGUCUGCCAGGCUUGUGCUGGAGGCAGCGAGGCUAACCAAUUAAUGCCAUCGGCCAGGAACUCAGGUUAUAUUAUGAGUGGGGCGAGUUGCAAAGCUAACGGCGCUGUGUACCCCGCCUCAUCAGCAAUGAUGAAUUCUGUGAAGAAGCCGAAGAUGGAGCAGAUUCAGGCCGACCAUGAGCUGUUCCUGCAGGCCUUUGAAAAACCAACUCAGAUAUACAGAUUCCUCCGCACAAGGAAUUUGAUUGCACCCAUAUUUAUGCACAGGACGCUCACCUUCAUGUCUCAUCGAAACAGCCGAUCAAAUGUCAGAAGAAAAACAUUCAAAGUGGAUGAUAUGUUGCAGACUGUGGAGAAGAUGAAGGUAGAGCAGGAUUCUCCAAGUUUGUCUUCACAUCUACAGCUAACAUUCACUGGGUUCUUCCAUAAGGAUGAAAAGCCAUCUCAGAAUUCAGAAAAUGAACAAAAUUCUGUGUCUUUAGAGGUACUACUUGUCAAAGUCUGCCAUAAAAAACGCAAGGAUGUCAGCUGCCCCGUAAAGCAAGUGCCUACAGGUAAAAAGCAGGUGCCUUUGAAUCCUGAGAGUAACCAAACCAAGCAUGGCUCCUACCCCUCCUUACUCGUCUCCAGCAAUGAGUUUGAGCCCAGCAACAGCCACAUGGUCAAGUCUUACUCGCUCCUGUUCAGGGUGUCACGCACAGGAAGGAGGGAUACCAAUGGCCUGGUCAAUGGAGAGGCCAACGAGAACAUUGAAGUUACAGAUGCACCUAGUAGAAAGAAAAGAAGUUCAUCCCAUAGAGAAGGAGAGACCACAGAGACCUUUGUUGCACAGAUGACUGUUUUUGAUAAGAAUAGGAGAUUGCAGCUGUUGGAUGGAGAGUACGAAGUGUCGAUGCAAGGGAUGGAGGACAGCCCUGUCAGCAAGAAGCGCGCUACGUGGGAAACCAUUCUCGAUGGAAAGGUGGGGGAGAAACGGCCACCAUUUGAGACCUUUUCUCAGGGACCCACAUUGCAGUUCAUGUUGCGUUGGACAGGCGAUGCUAGCGGAAAGUCCACUGCCCCAGUAGCAAAACCCCUUGCUACACGCAACUCCGACAGCUCCAGCCCCAUGGAGACCAGAACCAGCAAUCACCGAGCUGCCCUCAUGACAGUGAAAGAGUCAGUGUGCACAGACAUUCAGACGAGGAAAGAGCAGGUCCUGUGUGAGCCGCGGCAGAAGCUACGUAUAUUUUAUCAGUUCUUGUACAACAAUAACACAAGGCAGCAAACUGAAGCGAGAGAUGACCUUCACUGUCCCUGGUGUACCCUGAACUGCAGCAAACUCUACAGCCUGCUCAAACACCUCAAAAUGUCCCACUCGCGCUUCAUCUUCAACUACGUGCCUCACCCCAAAGGAGCGCGGAUAGACGUGUCCAUCAAUGAGAGCUAUGACGGCUCAUACGUUGGCAACCCUCAGGACAUCCACAGCCAGCCCGGCUUCGCUUUCAGCCGCAACGGCCCCGUUAAGAGGACGGCUGUAACUCACAUACUGGUUUGCAGGCCCAAAAGGAUCAAAGCGAGUCUGUCAGAGUUCCUUGAGACUGAGGACGGAGAGUUGGAGCAGCAGAGGACUUAUGUCAGCGGACACAACCGCCUGUACUUCCACAGUGAUAGCUGCAUGCCCCUGCGGCCCCAGGAGAUGGAUGAGGACAGCGAGGACGAGAGGGAUCCAGACUGGCUCCGAGAGAAGACUGCCACGCAACUGGAUGAGUUCACAGAUGUCAAUGAAGGAGAGAAAGAAGUGAUGAAGUUGUGGAAUCUGCACGUCAUGAAGUAUGGAGUUCCUCUUUUCUCCAGUUUCAUAGCAGAUAACCAGAUGAAUCAGGCUAUCCUACAUUUCGCGGAAAACAAUGGAGCUCACAUAAUCCGCCGCAAACUCUGCCGCAACUUCCUCCUGCAUCUAGUCAGCAUGCAUGACUUCAACCUGGUGAGCACAGCCACCAUCGACCAUGCCAUGGCCCGCCUGAAACAGAUCCAGGAGGAGCUUCCAGACACAGAGGAGGAGGAGGCGCAGCCGGGCCAGAGUCUGGUACCAGCAGCAGCCUGCAACGGCACCGUCACCCCCUCCACCGCAGGGAAACUGGGCAAGAGGACAAAAAGCACACUUACAGACUGAUGAAGGAUGGAUGGAUCAACGAUUCUCGUAUUGUUUUUUGUUUUUUUCGUUUCAUCCUGAAUGAACAUUUCCAACUCUAUGGUGCUUAGAUAGGUGGCAGAAGUGGUCAGCAGAGGAUCUGACCACAAGCAGACCAGUACACAAGGUAAACAAGUUUUGGGAACUUGUGAACUGAACCAAAUAUGAACAAUUUAAAAAAAAAAAGAAGAAAAAAAAAGUGAAUCACCCACAUCUACACAAACCAAGAUGAUGAGGAAUGUGAGUUGAACCUACUUAAUGUGUAGGAGCCAUUGAACUAUCUGCCUUUGGGUGAGAGAGUGAACAAACGGUCUGAUGUGGCGCGACUGCCUAUGGUAUGUGAUCGACAACUGUAUCAUGACUACAGUUAAAAAAUGUACUGGUAACAUUGUCACUCUUAAUUAUUUGUACACAUACACAAUAACCUUGUUGAGAACUUAUCAUUUUAGCUGAUUAUUUUAGCACUUGGUGUUUGUAUUUAGAGAGUUUACCUUGACAUUGUUUCCUCUUUUUUUAUUCCUGCUGCACCAAAUGUUAAAUGCAGCUUUCCCAGUGUCAUCAGUGGAGACACUUUCGGGCUCCAAUUUCACUGUUGUGAAUGAGACUUCCUUUUAAGGGUCUGACAGUUACAGUCCAAGUCCACAGUAUUGGCACCAAGUUAUAGAUUAUAUAAAGCCUGUAGAGCUUGUUAGGAACCCAAUGGUUGCAAUGACAAUAGUACUGUACUGUACUGUAAGCAUUGGGAUCUGGAACCACAUUCAAUUAUGGUUUGGGUCCAUGCGAAAACUCCUACUUCAUCACCCCUAAGCCUUUCGGCCUGCAUUGAUAACAGCUAAAGGAAAGCCAGGGAAAUCACUGUUUCUGAAUAUUUUAUUUACGUAAAACAACCAGCAGCACAUCAUCCCAUUUAUCAUGCAUAGCUUUCAAGAUAAAAGUGAUCAACUUUUUCUGAUUGCCUGUAGUUUGUUUUCACUUUGAGGUUUCAACAUGUUUCAUUUUCUUUCAACAUGAAUGUCGGAAGCUAUUGAUAGAAACGUAAUCUCAUCAAAUGUUUAACUCUGUCCCGGUAUGAAUCGAAUAAUUAACAGAUAUCAGUUUUUCUUUCAACGCGAUAUGCUCUUUAUUGGAUGUAUGGUUUUCAGAUCCAAAUCAGUUUUAUGUCCCGUUGGGUGCAAUUUAUGCCAAAGGGGAAUAUUUCAUCAGUCUUUUAGUUCUGCAUAUUAUUUAGCAUAUUUUCUCUUGUUCAUUCCACAACAUAAAAAGCAGCUGCAGUUGUGUUUUCUUGUGUGCACCUAAAUUGGUGCACAUCAACACUCAUUCGUUCAACAGACAUCUCUUUUCUGGCUGUAUGGGACAUCUAAAUUGACAAUACUCCUCAUUUCAUGGAAGGUUUCUGUUUUCAUCUGAAAUAUUCACCAUUUUAUGUAAAAAAAAAAAAUGUACACUCUGGUUAGGGGGACUUUUAUAUUUAAAGAAAUAAAAUACAUUUGACCUUAUUCAUGGCUGUCAU